CAUAUGUAUAUAUUACAUUGCAUUACACGUUUUAUCUGUGUACAAUAUUAGAGCUAAGUAUAUUUUUUAAAAACAAUCAUUCCAAUAAAUCAAUAAAAAUGGCUUUUACUUUGUGGUCACUUUACGAAGCUACUUUAUUAUGUUUAAAUGCUAUUUGUGUAUUAAACGAAGAAAGAUUUCUCGUUAAAAUUGGAUGGGCAUCAUGGCAAAAUAUACAAGGAUUUGGUGAACCACCUACAGCUAAAUCACAGAUGUUAAAUCUUAUUAAAUCUGUAAGAACAGUUGCAAAAGUUCCAUUAAUAGGUCUAAAUAUUUUAACAAUAAUUGUGAAAAUGGUUCUCGGUUGA